AUGGCAUCCAGCUCACAAAAACUCCCUACACCUGGCCUCGUGAUCCCUCGGGUUCCAGUCGCUCAUCCCAAUGGCACUUCCAGCCCAAAGAACAAAUCCUGGAAGGAAAUCGUCGAGCACUGGCUUGUUGGCAAUCGGGACCAAGGACUGACAAUGCCGUUGAAAGAUUGGCCAAGGGAGUGGUACCAAGGCGCCAAUAGACGGUUCGCGUCAAAGUACCACCAAAGGGCGACCAUUGCACUGGAAUUCAUCAAUCAGUACGAGUCAAAUGAGGUGCAUUUCCUUGCAGCUUAUCCAGAGGCUGAGCUUGGCCACACACAACUUCUGAAGGCCGUGAACAAGGCACACGCUGCAUGA